AGACAGUACAGAAAACGUGAAGUUGAAAUGUACUACCUGAGCUGCUACAGGCCAUCACUAUACUGAAUCUAAACAUUACCUGUGAGUGGGGUUAGAGAUGUUAGAGAAAGAUGAGACUGAGCAGUCCUCCUGAUCAUACAAUGCUUUUAGAGCAAGACAGACGCGCACACCGUCACAGGUCAUUGUGCUCACCCUAACACACACACACACACACACACAAAAACAUGUUCAAACACGCACACACCUCCCUCUCUCUCACUCCCUGUGCGAAGAGGCCCUGCUUCAGUCUCAUUAGGUUUAUAAAGAGAUCUGGAGAGUAGAAAAAAAGAGAAGGGGGAGAGGGGGAGUAGAGAGUGGGGGGUCAGAUUGGGGAGAAGGGGAGUAGAGAGUGGGGGGUUAGAUUGGGGAGUGAUGAAUAGAGUAUUACACAGAGGACCGCACCACUUCGGCAAAAAAGAAAAGGGGUGCAGAACUUCCCGCUUCCUGUUGCUAAGCCCAGAAGAGGUGAAAUCAUCCCUCUGAAAGAGGCUGCGAGAGGGAGAGAAGGAGCGUGGAAGCCAGGAUAAAGUCUGACUCACUGAAACUGGAAGUGACCGAACAAGCAUUCCAGAAGUUGCCGACCAUGAACACUACCAGUGACCCGGCGGUCAACAUCUCCUCCACCACAAUCACAGAGCCGCCAAUACCCUCCAACGUCUCCAUCUUCUUCGCCCCCUCCCAUGUGCCCUCAGUGCCCCAUGACCCACGGCUGACCAUCCUGGUGGUGCUGGGCCUGUCCCUUCUCCUGGCUGGCUGUGCCAUCUUCCUGGCCGUGUGUCGCCGCUCGGCAAGCCAGGCAGAAGGGGACUCGGAUGGGGGCUGUGGUUCAGGCGAGUACCUGAUCUGCGGGCCUUCUCUCUCGUCCGAGCCCCAGCUCAAACUAUGGAAGAGAUUGGGCUCUGUGCGGAGGUCGUUCACCUCCUCUUUCAGACGACCGCCCCAACGCAGGCCUGAGUACGGCAACCAGUGCUCCUCAACCACACCCCAAACGGACCUGAGCAGUUUGCCGACCCCCCAUCUUACCAUGCCCUGCCUGCUCGACUACGUUACAGAGAUAUGACCAAUCUUAGGCUGUGGGAUGGACGCAGGCCCGGCAAUAGAGACCAAAAGUCAUGCCUGUCCAUGUGCUGCUAAUGAAUCAGUUACACUAACAUCUUACCUUCUUUUACCAGUCCACCUGAUCAUUCUGACCACUGCUGACCGUGACCGUACCAUAAACGUUCAUGUUAAAACACACAGCAGAGGCACGUACAAACCUAAGUUUGUACCAAAAGGAGAAGCAGCUUACGUGGUUCAUGUGAAUUGUUUUGUACAUUUUAACAGUUGUAUUAGAAUAUUUUUUGUAUUAUUCUGUACUCAGAUGUUGGUUGUUUUA